AUGACGGAUUAUCUUGACGUGGUUUCAAACCCCUUGGCACCGGAUGCAUUUGCAACUCCGAAUGAGGUCAAGAAUCAAAAGUUGUCCAACAGUGAUUUUCGCAAAUUGCUCAUGACUCCAAGAGCCAGUGCUCCGACCCCUACACAGGUUACAGACGAUGUCAAACCAACUGCCGGGUCAGACGCGAUGCGACCUCCAGAUCGAGGAGACAGAAAGCGUCGCGAUUUGGCUCCUGGCGCUAAGCCCAAGCAAAAGCGUCAUCACAACAGACAUCAUCGUCGCGAACAGGCGCGGGACAAUGCAGUAGAUGCAACCCCGCGCUAUCGGGAUCGUGCAAAAGAACGUCGUGAUGGAAAACUGGUCGCACCGGCCGACGAAGGUCAGGAUGACAGGGACGCAGAGAACGAAGAAGAGACGUUCACGCGCACUGCCGACUACCGUGCGGUGGCACCCACCACCGCAGCCAGUGAAUCGCACGCAGAAAGGCGUCGAAUGUUGAUUNAAAAUAUCUUGGCGAAAGUUCGUUUGGAAAUUCAGAACAAAGAAUUGGAAGCCGAACAGCAGUUAGAUGCUGAAUUAGCGAAGCCAGAAGUGAACAAAGAAUCUGGCGAGGAUGGUUUACAGGUGAGAACUCGAAUGGCGGCCAAUAUCUGUGAUUUGUUGUUUGGUGAGCGACCAAUGGAACGGAAUGAAUACUUCCGUCCUGGUCGCAUGGCCUAUCGAAUUGAACUGGAGGACGAUUCGGUAGAUUUCGAAGUCCCUGCCACAGUAAUUCGUAGCAAAUCAGACUGCAUGCAGUUGGAUGGAAAGGGAACCGCUGCUAUCACCACUAAUGAGAUUGUGAUUAACAAACUCACUCAAAUCCUCUCGUAUUUGCGUGCUGGAAAACGCCAUGCGAAGAAAGCAAAAUUAAAGGGAAAACUUGGUGAGAGGGAGGCACAAGGCUAUGAGGCACACACUGGAAAGGAUCAUGGGCAUAGACCAGCAGUUGGUGGAGACAUCUUCGAAGGUGUUGGUGCAGAGUACGCCCCCACAGUCAGUCAUCGUUCACGAAAUUCUGGAACCGCAGAUGGACACAAGGUAACUGAUGCGAGUGACAAGGCUAGACCGACCGGGGACACUCAUGGGACAGCCACCUCGGGAGCGCGUCCUAAGCCGUAUUUCGAUGUACCCGGAGAUACAGAGGCAACCAGUUCUUUAAAUGCCACAAAAGAUUUCAUGCAAGAACUCAAUCAACGAUUUGGUGGGAAGGACGAUGAAAAGGCUCAAGAGAAGGUAUGUUUUUCAUUGUAUUUUUUUCGGCAUAGUUGUAUGAACCUCGUGUUGACGGAUUUUCACUGA